AUGUCGGAUCAUUCCCGCAUUUCCAACAAGGAAAACCAUCUGAUGCCAACGGAUUCGUCAAGGAGCUCAUCGAGCGCUACGCGCUCGGUCGGCACCACAGGUACCACUGGCGUUGAACCAGUGGAUUUCACAGGUGAAGGAGCCAAGUACACCACGGCGACAGAAAAUGACGUUGGUGCCACGGAGUCCGCUCUCCAAAGGACUACGACUAUGAAUUCCGCGGCAGAGUCAGAUGUCAAGAUCACCAGGAGACUGACCAAGAUUCUAACGGGAUCCGUCGACGAACCCGACCGUAUAGAAGUUGAUUAUUCCCAAUGUCCGCCCAUGGGUGGUGAGAGACCUUACCCACCAACAUUGCCAAAUAGAGACCAGUUCGAAGUAACUUUCGAUGGGCCCAACGAUCCGCUACAUCCGUUCAACUGGCCCAUGAAGAAAAAAGUCCUGCUGUGUUUCGUUCUAUGUUUGGAUUGUAUUGCUAUUGCUAUGUGUUCUUCCAUCUUCGCCUCGGCCGUGCCACAAAUCUGUGAGAUUUACCACGUCAUCCAAGUCGUUGCGAUCCUCGGUGUCACUCUUUUCGUUCUUGGGUUUGCUGCGUCACCAAUUGUUUAUGCACCUCUUUCCGAACUAUACGGUAGAAAGGGUGUUCUGGUGUUGUCUGCGUUUGGGUUUGCUCUUUUCCAGUUUGCUGUGGCUACCGCCGAGAAUCUGCAAACCAUUUUCAUUUGUAGAUUUUUUGGUGGUUUCAUCGGUGCUGCCCCCAUGGCUGUUGUCCCUGCCGCGUUUGCCGAUAUGUUCGACACUAACGUCAGAGGUAAGGCCAUUGCCCUGUUUGCCCUAGGUGUGUUUGUGGGCCCUAUUCUAGCUCCUGUUAUGGGUUCUUAUAUUGCCCAAAGAACCACCUGGAGAUGGUUGGAAUACGUUGUCGGUUGUUUCGCUUCUGCUGUUUUCGUUAUGAUCGCACUGUUUUUCGAAGAAACUCAUCACCCUACUAUUUUGGUCAACAAAGCCAAGCAGAUGAGAAAGCAAAGUAACAACUGGGGUAUCCAUGCUGCCCAUGAAGACGUGGAAUUGUCCAUCAAGGAUAUCAUCCAAAAAACCGUGACGAGACCUAUUGUGAUGCUUUUCGUGGAACCAUUGUUACUAUUCGUGACUAUUUACAACUCGUUUGUCUACGGUAUCCUGUAUCUACUGUUGGAGGCGUACCCGAUCGUGUUUGUAGAGGGUUACGGAUUUACCGAAAACGGUGAAUUGCCAUAUAUCGCCUUGAUUAUCGGUAUGGUGGUAUGUGCUGCUUUUAUCUGGUACAUGGACAACGACUACUUGAAAAGGUGUAAAGCCAAGGGUGGCUUAGUCCCCGAGGCCAGAUUGUACGCCAUGAUCAUUGCAGGUACUAUUUUCCCCAUUGGUAUCCUGUGGUUCUGUUGGACUGGUUAUUAUCCUCACAAGAUCCAUUGGAUGGUCCCCACAGUAGGCGGUUCCUUCAUCGGGUUUGGUCUGAUGGGUAUUUUCUUACCAUGUCUGAACUAUAUCAUCGAGUCGUACUUGCCUUUGGCCGCUUCUGCCGUCGCUGCAAACACUUUUAUGAGAUCCGGAUUCGGUGCGUGCUUCCCGCUGUUUGCCGGGUACAUGUUCCGUGGUAUGGGUAUUGGUUGGGCCGGUUUGUUACUAGGUCUAUUUUCUGCUGCCAUGAUUCCCGUGCCUCUGCUGUUUUUGAAAUACGGUGAAGCCAUAAGAAGAAAGUCCAAAUACGCUUACGCCUCUUAA